GGCCGCGCGCCCCGCCGCCCAGGAGCGAGCCAGCGGCGAGCCGAGGCAGAGCGCGCCCGUCCCGUCGCGCACGAUGCUGCCCUGGACGGUUCUCGGCCUGGCCCUGAGCCUGCGGCUGCCGCGGAGCGGCGCGGAGCGUGGCCUCCCGGCAUCUGUCCCCCAGGGGGACCUGCUGUUUCUGUUGGACAGCUCGGCCAGCGUGUCUCAUUAUGAGUUUUCCCGAGUUCGGGAGUUUUUGGGGCAGCUGGCGGCCCUGUUGCCCCUGGGCCCUGGGGCCCUGCAUGCCAGCCUGGUGCACGUGGGCAGCCAGCCACACACCGAGUUCCCCUUCGGCCAGCACAGCUCAGGCUCGACUGUCCAGGAUGCUAUUCGUGCUGCAGCCCAACGCAUGGGUGACACCAACACUGGCCUGGCGCUGGCAUACGCCAAGGAGCAGCUGUUUGCCGAGGAGGCGGGGGCCCGGCCGGGAGUGCCCAAGGUGCUGGUGUGGGUGACAGACGGCGGCUCCAGCGACCCCGUGGGGCCCCCUAUGCAGGAGCUGAAGGACCUGGGCGUCACUGUCUUCAUUGUCAGCACUGGCCGCGGCAACCUCCUGGAGUUGUCGGCCGCAGCCUCACCCCCCGCGGAGAAGCACCUGCACUUUGUGGAUGUGGACGACCUGCACAUGAUCACCCAGGAGCUGAGGGGCUCCGUUCUUGACGCGAUGUGGCCGCAGCAGCUCCGUGCCUCUGAGGUCACGUCUAGCGGCUUCCGUCUGGCCUGGCCGCCCCUACUGACCCCGGACUCGGGCUACUACGUGUUGGAGCUGAUGCCCAGCGCCAAGCAGGGGACCGUGCUCCGCCAGCAGCUGCCAGGGAACGCGACGGGCUGGGCCUGGGCCGGCCUCGACCCCGACACGGAAUACAACGUGGAGCUGAUGCCAGAGUCCAACGUGCGGCUCUUGAGGCCACAGCACCUGCGAGUGCGCACGCUGCCGGAGGAGACCGGACCGGAGCGCAUCGUCGUCUCGCACGCCAGGCCGCGCAGCCUGCGCGUGAGCUGGGCCCCGGCGCUGGGUCCGGCCGCCGCGCUCGGCUACCACGUGCAGGUCGGGCCGCUGCUGGGCGGCGCGGCGCAGCGCGUGGAGGUGCCCGCGGGCCGGAACAGCACCACGCUGCAGGGCCUGGCGCCCGGCACCGCCUACCUGGUGACCGUGACGGCGGCCUUCCGCUCGGGCCGCGAGAGGGCGCUGUCGGCCAAGGCCUGCACGCCCGAUGGCGAGCGCAGCCGCGCCCCGCGUCCCCAGGCGCCGGAGGCUGGUGGCCGGGAGCCGUGAGCUCUGGGCCGGCCGCGCCCGCGCAACCGAAGGCCCCCUCCUCCCGAGCCCAGUUAGAGAGGCGCCCGCCACCCAAAACAGGGUCUUGCCCCGGGUGUGGGAUGCUGGCCGGCCUUUGGCCCGCGGGGCCCCCGCGGCAGGAGAGCGCCCUGCUCUGGCGUCCGCUCUCCGGGACGUGGCCUUGUCUGACCCUCCGCUGCAGCUCUAGCAGCAGCGCGAGCCGUCGCAACUCCUUCCCCUGCCCUGCCCAGAGCUGGGCUGUCGGUGGUGUCCUUUGGGCAGGAUUUAGCAGGGAGCUGGACAAGGAGUCUGGGGUCCGGUUGAAAUCAGACCUGGGUUGGCUCUGGGCCUGGGACCUCAGGGCGUCUGGUGGCUGAGCCUCCUACUUGCGUUAAGGGCCAGACCCUCGAGUGACAAAGGCUAGCAUCUGUGUGAGGGAGCUUGGUCUAGAUGGCAGCUCUGAGUCCAUGGCCACUCGGGUCCUGGAUGUUGAAAGGUGGAUGAGGGAAGGGAAGGAGCUGGCUUUGGCCAAGUCCCAAAGGCUUCCCUGGGGGGACAGGACCUGGGAGGGGGAGGGUGGGGUGCUGGGGGUUGAUCACGUGGGCAGCAGCCGGUGGAUGGACAGGUCAUCUUCACUAGGACCCUCAGCUGGCUUGGGGGCAGUGCUUGUUGGGGACAGUGGCACUGCUUUCCUUCCCACUACCCUACAGGGCCCAGCUACACCCACUGGGAUGCAGUUGGCACCUUUUGGGAGGAAUGGGACAGGAGCCUGGCACUCAGGACCUUAGAGACAGGAGACCUCCCCCCUGUGGAGGCCCCAGGGCCCACAUGGGCAGGGAGCCUUCCCUGCUUCUGGGUAGGGAGCUUCCAUGCUGGGGGUAGCGAUAAACAAUGUUCUUCCAGGGGCUUCACCCCAGCGGUUCUCUGCAGCAUCUGACACCAUGUCCUGUCACUCCUUACUAUCCUGGGGCCACUGGACACGGCAGCAUUGCCCUCCCUCAGCCCCGCCAGGCACCUCCUCCUCUGCCUGGGCUGACCCAGUACUCACUUUGCCUCUUCCCUAUGAAUGUCUCAGACGAAAAUAACAGUAAAUCAGAUGUAAACUGAA